UAAUGAGCUCCCCCGGGAGGCCGAGCAGCGAGCCCGGCCCCAAACGAGGAAGCUGCGCUGUGCGCACCGCGCCUGGGCGGGAGCCGGGCCUGGGCGGCGGGAGGGAAGCGGCCGGGGGCGCACGGGCGGCGCUGCGGGCCGCCCGGGAGCCGCGGCGAUGGCAGUCCAGGCGGCGCUCCUCAGCACGCACCCCUUCGUCCCCUUCGGCUUCGGGGGCUCCCCUGACGGGCUGGGAGGCGCCUUCGGAGCCCUGGACAAGGGUUGCUGUUUCGAGGACGAGGAGACCGGGACACCGGCGGGCGCGCUGCUGGCGGGCGCCGAGGGCGGGGACGUGCGCGAGGCCACCCGCGACCUGCUCAGCUUCAUCGACUCGGCGUCCAGCAACAUCAAGCUGGCGUUGGACAAGCCCGGCAAGUCGAAGCGGAAGGUGAACCACCGCAAGUACCUGCAGAAGCAGAUCAAGCGCUGCAGCGGCCUCAUGGGCGCCGCGCCCCCGGGCCCGCCCUCCCCGGGCGCCGCCGACACGCCCGCCAAGCGGCCGCUCGCCGCCGCCAGCGCCCAGACGGUCCCGGUCCAGGCCCACGGCAAGGCGGCCCCCCGGCGGGAGGCGUCACAGGCCGCGGCGGCCGCCAGCCUGCAAAGCCGGAGCCUGGCCGCGCUCUUCGACUCGCUGAGCCACGUCCCUGGGGCCGCAGAUCCUGCCGGGGUUGCGGAGGCGGCGCCCGCGGCCGGGCUCGUGGGAACGGGCGCUGGGGGCGUGGGAGGAGACGCGGCCGGCCCCGCAGGGGGUUCGGUCGUCCCCGGCGCCAGGAAGGUCCCGCUGCGGGCCCGCAACCUGCCCCCGUCCUUCUUCACCGAGCCGUCCCGGACGGGAGGCGGCGGGUGCGGCCCGUCGGGGCCCGGCGUGAGCUUGGGCGACCUGGAGAAGGGCGCCGAGGCCGCGGAGUUCUUCGAGCUGCUGGGGCCCGACUACGGAGCCGGCACCGAGGCGGGCGUCUUGCUCGCCGCGGAGCCUCUCGAUGUGCUCCUCACCGGAGCCGCCGUCCUAAGGGGACCCCCGGAGCUGGAGCCCGGCCUCUUUGAGCCGCCCCCCGCGAUGGGGGGAAGCCUACUGUACCCCGAGCCCUGGAGCGCCCCGGGCGGCCCCACGACCAAGAAGUCACCCCUGGCUGCCCCCCGCGGUGGCUUGACCUUGAACGAGCCCUUGCGCCCCCUGUACCCAGCCGCCGCGGACUCUCCGGGCGGGGACGACGGGCCCGGCCUUUUGGCCUCUUUCUCCCCCUUUUUCUCAGACUGCGCUCUGCCCCCGCCGCCCCCGCCCCCGCCCCCGCAGGUGUCCUACGACUACAGCGCGGGCUACAGCCGCACGGCGUACUCCAGCCUUUGGAGACCGGACGGGAUUUGGGAAGGGGCGCCCGGGGAGGAGGGGGCGCACCGGGACUGACUGCGCGGUACCCUUCUCCCCCAGUGGAGACUCCUAUGGAGGCGGCCGCCUCUGGGUCUCUCCCACGCCUAGAGAACGAUGGGCAAAUGCACGUGGAGUUGAAACCGGAUUUUAAAAAUUCAGUUAAUAAAAGAAACUUAAGAAAAAGAUGAAGAGAAGUUGGGGGUUGUUUUAAUCACAGCCUCGUGUUUAAAAAAAAAAAAAAAGCAGUUGGAAGGUUCUUACCGAAUCAGACAAGCCAAGAAAUCAAGACGGGAUUUGGGGAAUGGGGUGGGGAUGGCGGAAGGGGCAGGAGGUGGCUUCUGUAGCCACCUGUCCCUUCUCCAGCUUUUCAUCAAAAGGUCAGUGUAUUUAGUGUGCUUGCCCCCUCCGAACAGUGCUCUGGGCCCUCCCCUCCCCUCCCCUUAGAGUGCGUUAUGAAUUAAAGUCUGUAUUGAAAAGAA